AAAUCAGUUUAGGCGAUGGCAUCCACCAACGGAAUUAGUGACGAUACAACGACCCUUGCCCAGCAGGCUCGACUGGCAUCCCUGGCGUUACAGUCAGCGUCCAAGAAACAUAAAAGUGCUGCUUUAAAGCGCAUACAUGAUCUUUUGGCGGAGCGAAAGGAUGCUGUUCUGGAGGCGAACAAGCGGGAUCUCGAGAACGCAAAAAAGGAGGUAGACGCGGGACGGCUGUCCUCCUCUUUGUAUAAGCGCCUAGAUCUCUCUGGCGGAAACGGCGACAAAUAUGCAGGAUUGCUCCAAGGAGUUUUGGACGUGGAGCAAUUACCUGAUCCCACAGGGCAAGUCACACUUGCCACUCGUCUGGACAACGACCUCGAACUCUAUCGGGUGAGCUGCCCGGUGGGGGUUCUGCUCAUAAUAUUUGAGGCUAGACCAGAGGUUGUGGUCCAAAUCUCUUGCUUGGCGAUAAAGUCGGGUAAUGCCGUGAUCCUGAAGGGGGGAAAGGAAGCCGCGCACUCGAAUCAGGAGCUCUUCAAAAUUUUGCAGGAUGCGUUAGCAAGUCUCCCAGAGGAAUUGUCUAUACCUCCAACGGCGGUGCAACUUGUGUCAACUAGAGAUGAAAUUGCCACAUUAUUGAAGCUCGAUCCUUACAUUGACCUGGUGAUCCCAAGAGGAUCGAAGCAGUUGGUUCAGUACGUGCAAGAAUCAACAAGGAUUCCUGUCCUCGGUCAUGCCGACGGCUUGUGCUCUGUUUACGUGGACGAAGAUGCAGAUGAGGAGAAAGCCGUAUCUGUGGUUGUCGACUCCAAAGUCAAUUAUCCUGCAGCCUGUAACGCUACCGAGACACUUUUAAUCCAUUUCCAUGCCCUCCCCCGUGUUUUCCCCGCCAUUGCUCGCGGCCUCAUCUCAAAGGGUGUGCAGCUCCGCCUGGAUGAGCGAUCACAGGCCACAUUGACUGCGGCUGGCGUAGAGUCUGGACAAUUGACCACUGCACGGGAAGAAGAUUUUCAAACCGAGUUUCUUGACUUGAUAAUUGUGGUGAAAACUGUGGACUCUCUUCAGGAGGCUAUUGCACAUAUCAACAAAUUCGGGUCCCAUCACACCGAUGCUAUCGUGACAGAAAAUGAGGCAAACGCGGAGGAAUUCAUGAGCAAGGUUGAUGCUGCCGGGGUGUAUUGGAACGCAUCUACAAGAUUCGCUGACGGGUUCCGAUAUGGAUUUGGUGCCGAGAUUGGUGUGAGCACAAACAAGACCCACGCACGAGGACCAGUUGGACUGGAGGGACUUGUAAUUUACAAAUAUCGAUUGUACGGCAAGGGGCAUACCGCGGGAUCUUAUGGCGAGGGAAAGAAACAGUAUCUCCACGAGCCGAUCCCGCUGGAGACCGUCAAAGAUCGUUUCAUUAAAUAG